AUGUUCACACUGACGAGAACAACACAAAUACAACAACAUCCACCAACAAAUCAACGACGACAACAUCACCAACAAAAAAUAAAUAAUUCUACGUCAACUAUUGUGACAGUUAAACAUAAUCAUUUAGUUAUGUUGGAGUCAGAGAUUCCACCUGAAGCAACACGUAUUAUUACUUUAAUUCUUUCUGUAAAGCAGUUAGUAAAAUAUGUUAAAUUAGUAAACAUUAAUCAAGCUCUUGAAGAUAAAAAAUCUCCUCGAUUAAUACAAAGUACAAUCAUUCGAUGGUUAUCAAUGUUUGAUUGUCUUGAAGCUGUGCUAAAAUCAUUUUUACCAUUAAAUCAAAUAUUUGAAGAAAAAGAAUUAAAUAAAAAACGUUUAGAAAAAAUAAAUGUUGUUUUAUUGGAAAGAAUCAUCGAAUUCUUGAAACCAUGGAAACAUGUGUCAACACGAUUACAAUCGACGAAUAUACCAUCAAUUCACAUUGUUAUACCUGGUAUUGAAAGUUUAAAAACAAGUUUGGAAUUCGUUUUUCAUGAUACAAAAUUCGAACAUGAUAAAGAUAUGAUGUUUUUUCGUCAACGUGGAAAAAUAUUGAUUGAUGCAAUGCUUGAUUAUCAUCCCAUUCAUCUCAUGACUUUAUUCUUGAAUCCAAGAACUAGAAAAAUGAAACAAUGUACCAAUAGUCAACGACAAUCAUGUUUAGAAUAUAUUAAACAAGAAAUGAUUAUGUUUGAUGCAUUUGAUAGUGAUACACAAUCAAUUGAUAACAGUGACAUAUCAAAACGUAAAACAUAUGAUAAACAAAAUAUAACUGAUCGAAUAAUGCAACAAUACUAUGAAGAAGAGGAUGAAUAUGAUGAUUUACCAGUAACAACUACUGCAAUACAUCAAGCAGAGAUCGAUAAUUACUUGAAAUUUGGAAUAUAUAAAUCAAACGAAUCCUGCUCUGCCAAUGCUUCUCCAUCAUCUGAUCAAGAAUAUAAUCCAUUACAUUUUUGGAAGCAAAAUCAUUCAUUAUAUCCACGUUUAGCAAAAAUUGCCAAACGAGUAUUUGCAGUACCAGCAACUAGUGCUGCUGUUGAAAGGGAGUUUUCUUUAGCUGGAAAUAUUGUAACUAAUAAAUGUGGAAACCUCGGAUUGAAAUCCGAGAGUUAUGUGUACUUCAAAAAGUGA